ACGACCAGUGGCCGGGCCACAGGCCUCGAGGAUGUCCGCGGUGUUCCGGAAGCCCAAGGCCGUGAAGCUGCGGGCGCUGCGUAGGCCGGGGAAGUUCGGGGUGGCGGGCAGAAGCUGCCGCGAGCUGCUGCGCAAGGGCUGCCACCUCCUGCAGCUCCCUGUGCCUGGCUCCCGGCUGUGCCUGUACGAGGAUGGGACGGAGGUGACUGAAGACUACUUCCCCAGCAUCCCUGACAACGCUGAGCUCGUGCUGCUCACAGAGGGCCAGACCUGGCAGGGCUAUGCGAGUGACAUCGGUCGCUUCCUCAGUGUGUUUCACGAGCUGCACGAGGGGCUCAUCCAGGCCGCCCAGCAGCUGCUGUGCGAUGAGCAGGCCCCGCUACGGCAGAAGCUACUGGCUGACCUCCUGCACACCGUCAGCCAGAACAUUGCUGCAGAGACCCGGGCCCAGGACGCCCCCUGGUUUGAAGGCUUGGAGUCCCGCUUUAAGAAUAAGUGCAGCUAUAUGAGAUAUAGCUGUGAGAGCCGGAUCCGGAGUUACUUGAGAGAGGUGAGCUCUUACACAUCGAUGAUGAGUGCAGAAGCCCAAGAGGAAUAUACGCGGGUCCUCGGCUGCAUGGGCCAGAAGCUCAAGUAUGUGCAGUACAACGGCAGCUACUUCGACAGAGGCGCUGAGGCUGGCGACCGUCUCUGCACACCUGAAGGCUGGUUCUCCUGCCAGGGUCCCUUCGACAAGGACGCCUGCGUGUCGAGGCACUCCAUCAACCCAUACAGCAACAGGGAGAGCCGGAUCCUCUUCAGCACGUGGAACCUGGAUCACAUAAUAGAAAAGAAACGCACCAUCGUCCCCACGCUGGCGGAAGCAAUUAGGGAACGAGAUGGAAGAGAAGUAGACUGGGAGUAUUUUUACAGCCUGCUCUUUACAUCAGAGAACCUGAAGUUGGUGCACAUUGCCUGCCACACGAAGACCACCCACAAGUGCAACUGUGACCCGACCAGAAUCUACAAGCCCCAGACCAGGGCAAAGAAGCGGCGGCCUGCUCGGAAAUGCCAGCGCCGCGCAUGCACUGCCUUUGCACCCCUGUGAUGGCCCCACAGGGUGCGUGUGAUUGUAACAGGUGCUAGUUUCCUUUCCUUGUAACUCCAGUAGUCUCUAGAAAAAUUAAGAAAAAAUGUUUCCUACAAAUCUGAUUUCAGUCCAUUUCUGAGUCUGUUUUCUAUACCUCUGACAGCCCAACUUCCAGAGAACAGCUUUGGGGUACUCACAGACUUCUGUGGGUCCCUGGUCAUACGGGUUGGUAGGGACAGGGAAUUGUCUUUGAGCUCGGGGAUUUCUCCAUUCUCUACUUUUCCAGUACUUUGUAUGUUCAUGUAGUGUGGUCUCCAUACUAAAACGGUGCCGUGGCCAAGGGACAAGUUGUUUAUCCAUCAGCUCUCUGUUGAGUCUCUGUUUCCACGAUAAAUGGCCAGCCCCAUCCUCUGACUCUUCUAAAUGCCCAAAAGAGAGGUGUCACACUUUUAAAGUAAAAUGUUUCUAACUCUGUAAAAAAUGUACAAGGACAUUCACUGCUGAAUUGUUUAUACUGUCAGAAAGUGAGAAGCCCUCCAAAUGUCUGUCAGCAGGGGAAGAGCUGAUAGUGGCUUUAUGUUGAACAAUAUGAAAUUGCUGUUUUUGUAGAUCACAAAUGGUCAUAUAUUAAUUUCAUGAUUCAACCUAAUAUAGCUACAUAAUGCAAAACUGUAUAGCAGUUUUAAGCGUUCAUGAGAUACGUGUUUAUGUUAAAUGCACAGGAUGCUUAACUCUGCAGAGUGUGACCCUUUGUUUUAUGAAAGGGUGGUGUGCACGCCUUCCCCGUGUGCAGUGUGUGCAGAGUGUGCAGCAGGCAUGCCAAGCGGGGAGCAGCAGCAAUGGUGGGGCCAGGCGGGAUUGCAUUAUGGUGGACUCAUUUUCUUAAUCAUGUACUUUAUAAUUACUUGAGUUUUUUGAAAUGAGCAUUUAAAGUGUACUUUUUAAAAAGUCAUACGUUUUAUA